GCUUCCAGUGGCCAUCGGGCAGUGGUUCCACUGGAGGCGGCUCAGCUGGUUGCGCAGCUGCAGGACAUGGGACAGGCUACGGGCGACCUCGAUGUCCUCUUCAAACAGGCUGCGUUGAAAGCGCAAGCUCGGGAAGAGAAAGCCCAGAAGCUGUUGUUAAAGGGACAGGAGGGGGAGGAGGAGGGAUGCGAGGAUGAGAAAACAACAAAGGAUCCUGAGGAAGGAGCAAAGGAGGCUAAAGCCGACGCAGAGCAGGAGAGGCUCGUGGCGAGCAUCCUGCCCGAGUUGAAGAGGCUUGUUCAUGUGGGCUUGGUGCUCCCAUCGGAAAAGGAGUUGAAGCAGAAGAACUACACGAUGCAGCGCCCCGGAUUGACGAGCAUUGCAGUCCUGAAGUGCAGCAUGUACUACGUCAAUUGGACAAGUUUGAGCCCAUGGGUCAGGGCGAUUGUAAAAUUGCAUGGGCUGAGCGUGAACAGUGCGGGGGCGACCCAAGUGACCUUCCAGAAGUUUGGGAUGGAUUACGGGUUUCGCCUGGCUAUGGUGCUGGCUGAGUGGUGCCCGAUGCACAGAACGGAUCAACCGAUCCCUAACCCCUCCGAUCCUGAGCAGGAAACCGCGGUGCGACAGAUGAUUGCCUCUGCCCGCUUUCAGGGGCUCUAG